AUGACCUUACUAGUUGAGGAAUACCAUGGCUUUUGUGACAAUGAAAUUUACCAUGCUGUGGAGCACUACUUGCAUAGCAAAAUCAGCCCAAAUACUCGACUCCUUAAAAUAGCGCAAACCUGGCGAGACACUAGUUCCUCCUACCAAUUUGUUGACAGGCAAGAGUUUGAAGACGUGUAUGAGGGCAUUGAGCUGAAAUGGAAGUUCAGUUCCACUUCAAAUCAGCAAAGCUUCCAGCUUAUGUUUGACGUAAGGCACAAGGAAGCAGUGGGGUGUUCUUACAUUCCUUAUGUUUUGAAGAGGUUUAAGGCCAUGAAAGAGGAAACAAAGAUUGUCAGGCUGUGCACACUUGCGAGGAAAAAUGGGCAUAACAUCAAGUGGCAAUCAAUAACAUUCGGAAACUACUCUGCCACAUUUGCUACUCUAGCCUUGGAUCCCAAGCUGAAGACAUCGAUUUUAGAGGAUUUGAACCGGUUUGUGAAGGGCAAAGAGUUCUACCAAGGUGUAGGAAGGGCUUGGAAGAGAGGCUAUCUUCUAUAUGGUCCCCCCGGCACUGGUAAAUCCUCCCUGAUAGCUGCAAUUGCUAAUCAUCUCAAGUUCAACAUCUAUGACUUGCAGCUCUCACAUUUGAAAUCCGAUGUGGAACUGAGAAGUGUACUAGUUGCAACCACAAACCAAUCCAUACUUGUGAUUGAGGAUAUAGAUUGCGGUCUGAAGCUACAAGAUAGAACCCUUGUUAAGACAACCAGCAGUUCGAAAGAGAAAGACCGAGCAGAUGAGCCUUUGAUUACACUUUCUGGCCUACUGAACUUCAUAGAUGGCCUAUGGUCUGGUUCAGCAGAGCAAAGGAUAAUCAUAUUCACUACCAAUCACAAGGACAAGCUUGACCCUGCAUUGCUGCGUCCGGGACGAAUGGAUAUGCAUAUCCACAUGUCAUAUUGCACCUUUGGUGGGUUCGAAACCUUGGCGCGCAAUUACUUGGGGAUCAAAGAACACCAGCCUUUGUUUGAUGAGAUUGAAAGCCUGCUGCAAAAUGCAGAGGUCACUCCUGCACAAGUGGCGCAAGAGCUGAUGAAGAGUGAGGAUGCUGAAGUUGCACUCCAAGGUCUGAUCACAAUGCUGAGGGAGAAGAUCGAACAUCAAAGGGUUGGAGAUCAAAUUAAAAUGAGAGAAGAUGAAGACAGUGUGUAG